GCGGCGCUCCCCCUGGACAGCUGUCGUCCGGCGCCAUGCGAGGCCUCCGGCCAGGUCUGACUGCCAGGCGUCUCCUCCCGCUGCGGUUCCCUCCGCGGCCGCCCGGGCCCCGGCUGAUGAGCGGGCCGGCGGCCGGCGCCCUGGAGCGGGCCAUGGACGAGCUGCUGCGCCGCGUGGUGCCGGCGACGCCGGCCUACGAGCUGCGCGAGAAGACGCCGGCGCCCGCCGAGGGUCAGUGCGUGGACUUCGUGAGCUUCUACGGCGGCCUGGCCGAGACGGCCGAGCGGGCCGAGCUGCUGGGCCGCCUGGCGCGGGGCUUCGGCGUGGACCAUGGCCAGGUGGCCGAGCAGAGCGCCGGCGUGCUCCAGCUGCGCCAGCAGCAGCGGGAGGCCGCGGUGCUGCUGCAGGCGGAGGAUCGGCUGCGCUACGCGCUGGUGCCGCGCUACCGCGGGCUCUUCCACCACAUCAGCAAGCUAGACGGCGGCGUGCGCUUCCUGGUGCAGCUGCGGGCAGACCUGCUCGAGGCGCAGGCCCUCAAGCUGGUGGAGGGGCCAGACGUCCGGGAGAUGAACGGGGUACUGAAAGGAAUGCUGUCAGAGUGGUUUUCCUCCGGGUUCCUUAACCUGGAGCGUGUUACCUGGCAUUCACCCUGUGAAGUGCUGCAGAAAAUCAGUGAGUCGGAGGCCGUGCACCCUGUAAAAAGUUGGAUGGACAUGAAGCGCCGCGUUGGGCCCUACAGAAGGUGUUACUUCUUUUCUCACUGUUCCACCCCUGGGGAGCCCCUGGUUGUUCUGCAUGUGGCACUGACCGGUGACAUCUCCAGCAACAUCCAGGCAAUCGUGAAGGAAAGUCCUCCAUCAGAAACAGAAGAGAAAAGCAGAAUUGCCGCCGCCAUCUUUUAUUCUAUCAGUCUGACCCAGCAGGGGCUCCAGGGGGUGGAGCUGGGAACAUUCCUCAUAAAGCGAGUCGUCAAGGAGUUGCAGAGAGAGUUUCCUCACCUUGAGGUGUUUUCGAGUCUGUCGCCUAUACCUGGAUUCACCAAAUGGCUCCUGGGGCUUCUGAGCUCGCAAACAAAGGAGCACGGGAGGAAUGAACUCUUUACAGAUUUGGAAUGUAAGGAAAUCUCGGAGAUCAUAGGUGGCCCCAUUAACGAGACCCUCAAGCUCCGCCUCAGCAGCAGCGAGUGGGUGCAGUCCGAGAAGCUGGUGCGGGCGCUGCAGGCCCCGCUGAUGAGGCUGUGUGCCUGGUACCUGUAUGGGGAGAAGCACCGCGGCUACGCACUGAACCCUGUGGCCAACUUCCACCUGCAGAACGGGGCAGUGCUGUGGCGCAUCAACUGGAUGGCGGACAUGAGCCUCAAAGGCAUCACCAGCUCCUGCAGCCUGAUGGCCAACUACCGCUACUUCCUGGAGGAGACCGGCCCCAACAGCACCUCCUACCUCGGCUCCAAGAACAUCAAAGCCUCUGAGCAGGUCCUCAGCCUAGUGGCCCAGUUUCAGAAGAACAGCAAGCUCUGACAGUAAACCUCUCUUGAGUCACAUGGCUCCAGCUGAGAAGACAGUCAUCUUCUGGAGGGGCUGGGAGUUAUGAUGGAGCUUUCCAAGCAAAGCCAAAGUCGACUGUGUUCUCAGGCCUGCAUCCAGGCCACACUGUAAGGGCAGGCCUCAACUUUCCUUGCCCUGGGCAAGACAUGUGCCCAAUGCAAGAUAGUGAUGGGUGUGGGUCACACAGAUGGGUAGGUCGCUGUGCGGUCUCCAGAAGAUUCUGUCAUUGCCCUUGGCCUGACUCUCUGCCCUCGGAUGGUGCCGUGGCACCUCUGUCUUCAGGAACCUUCAGGAAGCUGUGCAGCCUCUGCCAUUGUCGUCCCAGGGGGAUCUGGCAGCCUCCCACUGACCAGGGCGAGUGGCCCAAAUGAGAACAGAUGUUCCUUCGUGCUCAUAGUGCUCAUAGAACAGAAGACGGCGGUGGUUGCUUUAGCCAUUUCUCUCCAUGCAGUGCAAAGGGAUAAAGGGCUGGGCUACACUUUCCCAGUUAAAUUCUGAAGCUCAUAAAUGUAUGAAAAGGUUUGUAACUUUG